GAGAGCCUGCCAGCCGCGGGGAAGCGAUCCCCGGCGCCGGCGGGCGGACGCGGCGUCCGACUGACCGACGCGGGAGGCUCCGCGCCCGUUCGCAGCGCGCGGCCGGCAUGGCGACGCGGAGAAGCGCCCCGGGGGCGCGGGCGCGGGAGCGGGAGGGUCCUUGUGCCCCCGCCGCAGGAAGUGACCAGGUUCACUCCUGGAUGCUAGCCACCAGCCAGGCUUUGGGUGCCGCGUGGAGGCUAGCGAAGGGGUCAGUGAUGUUGGCAGCGGCUUGUCUGGUGGCUGCCCUGUGCUACUGCAGGAGGAUGCACUGUGAUUUAGGGCACUGGCUGAAAUGGUGGAUUGGCUAUCUGCAGAGAAAAUUCAAAAGGAACCUCAGUGUCGAGGCUGAGGUUGAUCUGCUCAGUUAUUGCGCAAGAGAGUGGAAAGGAGAGACGCCACGUGCCAAGCUGAUGAGGAAGGCUUACGAGGAGCUGUUUUGGCGGCAUCACAUCAAAUGUGUCCGACAAGUGAGGAGAGACAACUACGACGCAUUGAGGUCAGUGCUGUUCCAGGUCUUCAGUCAGGGCCUCUCCUUUCCGUCCUGGAUGAAAGAGAAAGACAUCGUGAAGCUUCCUGAAAAACUGCUCUUUUCACAAGGUUGUAAUUGGAUCCAGCAAUACAGUUUUGGUCCUGAGAAGUAUACAGGUUCCAAUGUGUUUGGAAAAUUACGUAAAUGUGUGGAAUUAUUGAAAACACAGUGGGCUGAAUUUAGUGGAAUUAAAGAUUACCACAAGAGAGGAAGUAUGUGCAACAUCCUUUUUUCUGAUGUGCUUCUGGAAUAUAAACUAUAUGAAGCUUUAAAGUUCAUCAUGCUCUAUCAAGUCACUGAAGUUUAUGAGCAAAUGAAGACUAACAAGGUCAUUCCCAGUCUUUUUCAACUCCUGUUUGCCCGGGAAACAUCAUGUGACCCUUUAAGCUUCAUGAUGAACCACCUGAAUCCUGUGGGUGACACGUGUGGACUGGAGCAGGUCGAUAUGUUUAUUCUUGGACACUCCCUUGAAAUAAAGAUUAAAGUGUUCAGACUGUUCAAGUUUAAUUGCAGAGACUUCGAGGUCUGCUACCCAGACUUGCCGCCCAGGGAGUGGCCAGAGAUCUCCCUGCUGACGGAGAAUGACCGCCACUACCACGUUCCUGUCUUUUAAGUCUGGUGUGGACUGGGCCCCAGCUCUCGCCAGUGACAGCAGGCACACUUUCAAGGAAAGUCCAGAGGGAAAACCAAAGGUAGCGUUGAAGCCCCUGAAAGGCUGAGGACCUUCUUCUCUGGAGGGGCAGGUGCGCUGGACACAGGGCUGCGUGAAUGGCGUUCCUUUGUUUUCCAGCAAUUUCCUCCAGACCAGCCUCACUAAUAUUUGUGGGUUGGUGGUUCGACCUUGUUCAUAUGGGCUCUGGUCAUUUCACAUGCGGCAGGCUUUUCAGGGCACGAGGACGGCAAAUUUGGGCAGUACAACAGGAAAAAAUCGAGAGGAAAAGGGAAAAAGGACUAACAGGAAAGACUUUGUUUCUAACCUUGAUGUUCUCGUUAGGCAGCUUGU